AUGCCUUCUCGACCUCCAACUGACAACGCCAUGCCCGGCACUCGAUGCCCGAAGUGUUCUACGCCCGAGAAUGAUGUUUGGGUUAUUCCUGGCCGCAACUGCGGACAUUGCGGCACCUAUUGCGAAUAG